UGGUUUGUUUUAGCGUUGAAAGCAGGUGUCGAAGUUGCUGCAGCAGCAGGAUUGAACUAUACGUGGUACAGCAGUACCAAGUCAGGGAGGCGACCGGUCCAGCAAGCAGCCUCAGCGUGGACUCUCCCCCUAUCUGUGCAGUCAAGCUCUGGUGCAACAUUCUGGAUUUGAGGCUCUACCUCGCACGAGGGCGGCGGUCAAGAACUGCAUCGGAUGCUCCGAUCUCCAACUCUGCUGGCAGCGGCGGCGCUACGCUCAGGGAGCAGGCGGCGCAAUUGUCUGCUUUGUGUUCGCCACCACCGCACUAUUCGGCCAGCACAGCAGCUGAGGCAGCAGCAGCAGCCGCAGCAGGAGCAGACGAGGCGACAAGGCGCUUGUGUCACACGCCGGGGGCUUUGCUCCACGCCUUGGCGGAAUGGUGAUACCCCGCGCCCUGCAUUGUCCACUCCAUCUUCCGCGGCCUUGGGCUCCUCCUCCCCAAUAGCUGGUACACAGCAGGGAGAAGAACCGAGUCGUGGAAAACACAGCCAGCAAAGUGGUGAUGGCCAACAGCCACAAUGGCACCAUCACCGAAGUCGGCACCAGCGGGGAGCAGAACGCCGGGCGCAAGAAGGACGCACGUACGCAUCAAAAAACUCAUCGUCGUGGACCCGAUGGCACAAGCUUGACGACCGCAACGCGGGAGGGGAGGGACGGAGGCGGGGAGAACAGACAAGCGACCUGGUGAAUCCAGCGAUCGCCAAACUCUUGACAUUACCCCGAAGAAGAAAUGACUGGAGGGAGGCUCUCCGGGUGCUUGAUGACGUUGAGCAGCAGGCAGCAGCUCGCGGAGAGGCGUCUACGAGGUUUUGGUGCCGACAGGGACUCUCACGGGAUGAUGGAGAGCGGGCGCGCACGAGGGUAUACAACAUCGUCAUGGACAUCCUGUCGUCGCGAAAUAGCUCAAGGUGGCAAGAGGCGUUUAUGCUGUUGGAGACUAUGCAGGAGCGCGGGGUCACUACGGAUCUUUACACGCUCAAUUCAGCACUCAAGGCUUGCGGCUCUGCUGGGCAAGUGGAACUGCUGCUCGCCCUCUUGACAGAGAUGCGCUCCAGCAGCCGAAGUAACGACGACAGCGGCAGCAACGACAACCAGAGGGGCGACGGGAAUGCUGCUACAAUUCUGCUGCCGGCACCGGACGUGGUUUCCUUCAACAUCGCGAUUGGUGCCUGCGCGAGGGCGGGUGAAGCAUCGCUCGCUGUAUCCUUGCUCGACGAAAUGAGAGCAGCGGCUGUUGCAGAUGACAGCAGCCCAACGGCGGGUGAUCGGGUGUGGGCUGUAGGUGAGGGCACCGCGCGCGCGUCCCCGGUCCCACCACCGGACAGGUUGAGCUACAACUCCACCCUCUCAGCCUGCGGGCGUGCGGUCACCACCGACGAUGCGGAGUGGGUGCAGAGGGCGUUAGAUAUUUUGGAGGCGAUGAGGACGGGUGAAGAUGGUGCUCCGUCCCCGGAUAUUGUUUCGUACAAGGAGAUCGUGAAUGCAUGUGGGCGGGCCGGGCGCUGGGAUCAGGCGCUGUCCUGGGUGGAUGCUGCGGUUGACGCUGGUCUGGAGCUGACGGCCUCGGUGUUCUGCGCGAUAAUUAUUGCGUUCGGCCGAGGGGGCGAGUGGCGCCGCUCCUUGUCGGUGCUCUACGAAGACAUGCCGGCCUACGGGGUUGAUCCGGACAAAUUUUGCUACAACAUGGCUCUAAGGGCGUGCGCGGAUGCGGGUCAGGUGAAGGAGGCCCUGGACAUCCUCGACCAGAAUCUUUCCGGACAAAGGGGGGUCAACGCCUUCAGCUACAGCUCCAUUAUCGACGCGCUCGCACGACAGGGUGACGCAGAGCUCGGACUUCGGCUCCUGCGGGAGAUCCACGUGUCUACAGGGUACUCGCCUAACGCGUGGCACUACGGCGGGGUGUUCCUCUCAUUCCUCAAGGCUGGGGAUGAAACUGGGGCCCUAGCUAUCCAAUCGGAGUGGAGAGAUAUCCAGGCAUGCAACGCACGCGAAGCCACGGAGCGCAUGCGUCCGGGAGCCGAUAGAAGCUUCAGUGCAAACGGCGACAGCUCGGAACGUCGCUCGCGAAGCGGUCGCACCGACCCCAACAGCGAUAAAAACGGCGCCAGAUCCGCGAAACGCGGUGCAGCAAUACAAGAUCCAGAAGGACAGCGUGCGGUCGUGGAACUGGCGGCCGUGGCCCCGGGAGACCAUUUCCAGCCUCUGGAUUUGCUCUGCUUGGCGGCGUUUCAUGCGGAUAAUGGCGCAUGGUCGGAAUGUUUAGAUGUUCUCGGCACGGCGCAGGAGGUGAGCCGGACCGCCCGAGCGGCAGUUAGGGCCAAAGCGAACGAGCUGCUGCUCGGCAGGACGGAACGAGGCGAGGUGAUUGGCAACGUUGGGGCAACGACCGGGUUUGCUGGUGCCGGGUUGGCUUCCUGGCGACAGGUUGCGGCAAAAAACUCCGAGGCUACGGAGCGGGUUGACGAGGCUUCAAAGGCGUUGAGGGGCUGCUACGAGUCCGCGGUGGAAGCGCUUGGCCGCGCAGGGCGCCACAAGCAGGCCUUGCAGGCAAAGGAGGGCGCUUCUGUCACCGUCAAGCACGGGCUUUCCAUGGACCCUGCCUGCUUCGUCCCUGCCCUUCGUUCCUGCUGCUGUAACGACACCGAUUCCGAAGAUUCUGGCUCAGAGGCGGGGGCUGCUACGCUCGGCGAGAUGGAGGCACGAGCUGGGGUAGUGCCGGAUUCUUGGUGUACCAACGUCGUCAUGGAGGCGGCCAUUAGAGACGAGCAGUGGUCCUUAGCAUCUAGGCUCUUCGACGAAGCCGAAAAACGACACAUGUCCGGACAUCACGAUAGGGGUAGAGGCGCGGGUACGAGUGGCGAUAUUGCCGAUGGGGAUAAAUCCCAGCGGCCGGCAGGCCCUCCAGGAGCGUCUGAUACCCGGUCAUGCAACCGCGGGCCUAGAGAGCUGAGAAAGACGGCGAUUGACACGAUGGCCCCGACGGCUCUAACUUACCGCUUAGCUCUGCAGGCGUGCAUCGGGGCAGCUCAGUCAAACGACAUGAUGGCAGAACGAGCGCUUGAGCUAGUCCGGAAGAUGGUUUCGGACCCACAUAUGGGCCCAAGACGGGAGGCAUUUUUGCUGGCACAGCAGGUGUGCGCGAAAUCAGCGAAAAUGGCUGUUGCGGUCGAAAUUCGGCAGCUAGAGACCGAGGCCCAGGACAGACACGAAAACGACGACUUUCUGCGGCAAUGGAGAGAGCGACGCAGCUACAGACUAAAGUGUGCCCCUUGCACGCUGGCGAGAUGAACGUUGGUAAAGAGCGAACGGAAUGUGUUGAACAGCGUGCAACAAGGGCGAUGGCCAAGGCAGCCCUGCCAAAAGAGCAAGCCUGCCGUCGUUGGAUACGCGGUGAAGCUGAUCGUCGUUGCCGAUCCAUUGGUCCCGCAAUUGGGGCGGGAGCACGUUCUUCGCGCUGAAGAGGAGAGCAAAGCCACAUACCUUACCGGGCGUCGCUAAACCGUACCUCAACCUGGCGGGUGUGCCCUGGGCAGGAGGCAGGAAUACAUGCAGCUACAGGAUACGGGAGACUAUAACACUAAUGCCUAGAGGAGAGAAUUCGAAGGCAGCACAGGACAUGAAGAGCUAGAGCUUUCUAGUUCUGGGAGUUUCGGCGGCCUUCUAAGGAUUCCGGCGUUGAUUCACAUGUCGGUAAACUAGACUGUUGAACGCCCGAGAUCUACAGUAUGUUGAUGCCUUCGCAUGUAUAAUGGUUUUAGAGGAAAAUUUCGAGAACCUAACUGCUCUGUCGGUCUCGGUGUCUUCGAUGUGCCAGCAAGCUGUCAAUACAUGUCCAUUGUGUGAUUUGGGCAAAGGAGUGUAUUCAGCAAUUACUACAGCUGUCGUGGGAUUGUCUGAACAAGUAUACGUUGCACUUACGAAAGAGCAUGUUCCCAUUUUUUUGUUGUGCAUCUUCCUCCUGGCCAAUCCGUUGGAGUGAAGCAUUGCGGAUUCUAGGGGGCAAUGAAGCAGGUGGGGUGUUUCAUGGUCGACUAUUUGUUGCGAAAGGUUGGAGGAGUCAUUCGGGCCUUUCAGGUCAUCUCAUAAUCAUGGCCGCCACUUGAAAGGACAGACAGACAGUAAGCUUCCGGUCAUCUCCAGUUCGAUGUACGGUGACUGUGGUUCAAGUCAGUGAGUUAAAAUCUUAU